AUUUUAUACGAUUGUAUGCUAAAACUAUUUUGUAUGUGUGCUUUACAAGUGAAUAUGUGGGAAAUACUGUCAGGCUUGUGGUGACCAAUGCUGUUCUCAUACCACCAAUAACUAUAUAAUUGAAAAAUGAAAUGAAGAUAUUUUGCCCCAUAUAAAUUAUAAAUUAUAGUGACUUUCCUAAGAUUUCGAAUUUUGACACUAUGCAUUUUGGAGAAUUCCAUCAAGUUGUGGAAUGUAAUAGCAUAUUUGAUGAAGUAACAUAUACUGUCUAAUAGUCAUAGCAUUGAUAGGACAUACGCACAGUAGAAGAAUAAAACAAAUAUUAACUUUUAAAAUCAUUUAAUCGCAUUUCCAUUUCAUAAUACACUGAACAGAAAAAACAAUAUGAGUGACAAAUUGUGGAUGGGCUGUCAAUCAAAAUUACUUUUAUCAAUUUAUUACUUAAAACUUAAUAUUAUUUCACUUCUAAUUAUCAGUGAGUUGUCUAUAAUUUAUGGCUUAAAUGAACAUGUCAAGGAACCAAAUGCGGUUUUAAACAAAGAAUGUGAAAACGAUGACCCACUGGGGAUGAUUUCAGGUACUAUCGCUGAUUGGCAAAUUACUGCUUCAUCAACUUAUCCACCUAGUUGGGUGAAGGGGUGUGAAGAAAGAAAUGCUCGUUUAUUUAGACCAAAUGGUUUAGCUUGGUGUGCAAAGUUUAAGUCAUCAUCUGAAUGGCUUCAAAUUGAUUUAGGUGUACAAGCAUUGGUUACUGGUAUCAUGACACAAGGUCGAGGAGAUGGUUCAGAGUGGAUUACUUCAUUCAUGGUAUCGUACAGUGAUGACGCUAUGCACUGGAAAUUUGUCACAGAUCAGUAUGCGAAUCAAAAGAUUUUUGAAGGAAACUCAGAUUCCUACACAGUGAAACACAAUUAUUUCGAUGAGCCAAUUCGCGCACGAUACGUAAAAGUUCAUACGUACACAUGGCAUAAUCAUCCAAGUUUAAGAGUUGAACUUAUUGGGUGUCAAGCAUGCAAACAACUUAUUGGGAUACCUCCCUAUGCGCGAUUUGCUGCUUCAAGUUCCCGAGGUAAAAGAUCGCAACGUUCGUGUACACCAGAGUACGGUCAUUACUUGAGUAAUAAAGCAUGGUGCGCUCAACGACAAGAUGCUCUUCAGUGGCUUCAAAUAGACGUUGGACCACCUACUUUGAUAACUGGAGUUAUUAUAAAGUCAAGAGGAGAUGUGAAAAACUCCCAGUAUGUAACACGUUUCAAACUGUCUUACAGCAAUGAUACACGUUUAUGGUACUUUUACAAAGAUGCAGCUCCUUUGGACCCAAGGGUGUUCGAUGGUAAUAAUGACCAGGUAUCUGAACGUGUACAUUACUUGGCUACACCAUUUAUUGCUCGUUAUGUACGUAUUCAUCCAGUUAUCUGGAGAAGCCGCAUUGCAAUGCGUGUCGGUUUGAUAGGCUGUAAGCAGAAAGGUUCGUGUGGUCCUGGCUUCUUCCGAAUCAAUAAUGAAAGUUCUUGUGUUGCCAACCUCGCUUACAAGAAAAAUGCCUGGUUGACUCCUGAGUCUUCAAAUCACCGCAAAAGAAAUCUACCAGAUUCGGAUAAAUCGUCACAUUCACUUGGUUUCAGUGAUGAAAUAAGGAGUUCACUGAACUCAGAGAAUCCAUCACAUUUCCAAUUCACUGAAAAUCAACGCCCACCUAUGUUAGCACAUCACAGGAUCAGAGAUAAUACCGUUAAUUCAAAUACAUUUAAAUUCAGCAGCAUACCCUUAUGGUCAUCAGUUGACAGUAUGAUGAGUGAACCAUUCAUGGGUGAUAACAGUGAUGGUAUGGCAUCUUUAGCUGUUGAUGGAUGGACCGGCGAGGAAAUACUACUAAAGAAUUCAACGCUUUCGACAAGAUCAUCGGAAAGAUUAAUGAAUGAUGCACCGGAUGGUAAGCAACGAUCAAAUGAUAGUUUAAACAAAAGAAACAUAAAUGAUGCACUUCGUAUAACUGCGAACCUCCAAAAAUCUGCUCAUCCAUGCACAAUACUUGAAUAUCGCUGGCCAUUCGUCGAAUUACCUUCGUGGUAUGUAGACCUCAGAGAACAUACUGAAGUAAAUGGUGUUGUGAUUUACACAGCAGGUCAUGGACGAGAUGGAAGAUACCUACUAUCAUCUUUAUUUGGUGGUGAAGAUAAAACGAAGCUGAGCUCAGAAAAUUUGGAAAGAUUGUCAAUUUACGUUGAAUCAGAACCACGUCAUCGAGACUCUAAAACGUUGUCCAGGUCAAGUUCUAGUCUUUGCGGUUUCGUCACUAGACUAAAUGACGCUAUAUUCAGUCCACGUUUACAUAUACCCUGCAGACAACCAUUACUUGGACGUUAUGUUUAUGUUGAGGCACGUGGAGUACGUGGAAGGUGGUCACAAGAAUUCGCAGCUUUAUUGUGUGAGGUUAUGGUAUAUUAAAGAUAUUUUGUUUCCCUGUUUCAAAUGAAAAAACAGACAUUUUAAUAUCCUAUACUUAUAUGCAUUUACCUGAUAACCAUAAGCGCGAAAAUCAUAUUUUUUUUCAAUUAACGAUUUGCAAUAUGCACGAAUUCAUAUAACAAAAUCUGAAAUGCAUAUUUUGGUUUCUUUAAUAUUACUUGUCAUCAAAUUCUCGUACAGUCUAUCUCUCUUUAUCUUUCUUAAUAAUUUCAUAUGCGGUAAAGUCUUAGUUACCUAUAUUUUAAAUAUAUAUAUAUUCAUCGUAUACAUGUAUAAAUGUGACAGUAUAAUUAUCGAACCGCAUAUUUCUAAAGUUUCUCUACUGCAGACACUUUUUAAUAGCAGAACUUUAGGUUUCUUCGAGGUUCAUUUGCAGUCAGAACUAAAAAUCACGGUGGAGUAAGCUAAAUGCAACAGUUGCUUCACAUGUAAUAAUUAACAUUCAUUCAACUAUCCUCAUACAUUUUAGUGGUAUACACAUGCAUUUAUUCUAAAGAGAUCUUGACGAUGUGUAAUCUAAUUCACUUCUCAUCUUUAUUCAUAUACCAGUAUAUACAUCAACUUCUGAAUAAACUCCGAUUAUUCUCUAAUAUUUGAACCCUUUUAAAAUUCGAAUCUGAUAAAAUCAAACCUUGUACUGUUUAUGAGGCUGUUUUUGUUUCACUUUUCAUGUAACUGACUAUAGGAGUUGCAUGAAUUUGUUGCAGCUUAUUACUUUGCUUAUUUCAAACAACCAUUUUAAUUUCGUUUAAUCUAUAAAAAAAAUGGCUUAAGUUUUCAUUCAGUCUUCUACUUGGAGGUGAACAGAUGCUUCUUAUACCCAUAGGUCAUUUGGUCAGUAUUUUACACCACUCUUCUUAUUUGGCAGAAUACUUAAGUAUCGAUUAUAAGAUCUUCCU